AUGCUCGAAGGUUCUUUUGGCUUUUCGCGAACUACAGCGCCAUCAUGCAUUCAUAAACGCAUAGUUCCUGCUGGCGUGGCCAGGUACAAUCUAUCCCAGGUCUGCGAGUACUAUCCGAACAACUGCACCAAAAAGGAUGUGAUGUACCGCUAUUCAGUUCCGAAAUUAGUCAUAUACGCGGAGUGGCGUGACUAUGGACAACCAAUUAUAAGCGAAUUAUUUGACUGUCAUAUGGUCAGCAGGCACGAGUCGUGUUUGUCAUUUGACUGCGAUGAAUUCAUACGCCGAGCAUAUUUCAAAAUUCCUGCACGGUUUUGCUUCGUAUUCGAUGCUCUGCAGUUACACAAGGGCCAUCUGUUCUUCGCAUGCCCUUAUCCCUGGCUUUACGAACUCCGGCUAAUGGUCACAUGGAACAGUUCUUAUAUGCUAUCAUUUAUGGGGUCGCACACACUGCCGGUGUUUGUGCAUCGGGCUGGUACAAAUCCCCCAACCCCGAUCGAAGCGAUUUCUAUGUUUCCUGAUAUGCUGGUCGAAGUGACCGUGAUACAGCAAACGAUAAAACGUUUACCACGUCCUUUUCGCACAAACUGUCAACGCUAUGAAGAAGGGGACUUUCGGCCAGCAUGGGGAGGCCAUCUUACCUUCUCAGGUUGUGUGCAAGAGUGCAAAAUGGCAAUCGAGCAAGAAAUAUGCAACUGUACAAUGCCAACCAAUGAAUACUCUGGAACGUAUAUCGGUCGCCUCUGCGAUUUCAAAAACUUCAAAGGUUGUGAAAAUGCUGCUAUAGAAAACCGCACCAUGGUCACCUGUGAGCGGCGAUGUCAGCUUGGUUGCAAAGACGUGUUGUACGAUGUCAGAUUAGCGGGAUUGCAGCGCUUCAGACAGUCAGCGAAAAAUAUACAUAAGUCGAGCCUCGUAUUAUCCAUGGCAUCAUCCACUGUGGAGACAUUCACCUACAACCAAGCAAUCGAGUUGGAAAUGACAUUCGGUUAUAUAAGCAGUUAUAUCGGUGUGUGGACAGGUCUAAGCUUCAUCGGCAUCGCAGAGAAAAUUUUCUCACGACUGGCAGCUCUGUAUCGUGUCGAUUGAUUUUAUUAUGCAAGAUUCAUUAAUGUCUCUACAUGUACCCGUUGCGUUCAAAAGCCCUAAUCAACUGAAUACUCGGAAUAGCGGAAU